GGGGACCCGGGAGCCGGCGGGACAGGCCGGCAGCAGCGGCGCCUUGUACCGGGACCCGGGCGGGACACGCCGGCAGCAGCGGCGCCUUGUACCGGGACCCGGGCGGGACACGCCGGCAGCAGCGGCGCCUUGUACCGGGACCCGGGCGGGACACGCCGGCAGCAGCGGCGCCUUGUACCGGGACCCGGGCGGGACACGCCGGCAGCAGCGGCGCCUUGUACCGGGACCCGGGCGGGACACGCCGGCAGCAGCGGCGCCUUGUACCGGGAGCUGGGCGGGACAGGCCGGCAGCAGCGGCGCCUUGUACCGGGAGCUGGGCUGCCCCGCCCGCCGUGCUUGCAGCAAUAGCCCCUGUCUGCGGGCUCACCCCCGUGCCCGUCUUUGUGGCUCUCCGGGAGCCGUGUCCGCACGGCGCGCGGCCUCAGGCGGUCCCGGGUCAGCGUUCCCCCUCAUGCCGUCGGUGCGGUGUCAGCAUCUCUGCUGCUGUCCCCCCAGGAGUGGCCUCCUCGGCCCCUUGGACGCUGUCUCGGGAGUCUUUUUCACCGGCAGAAUUACUCUUCCUUAGUUGGUUCACAUUAAACAAUGUUUGGUCUUUUAAGCCUUUAUCAGUGAAUGACAAAAUCAUCCAAUUGUGCUGCUGUUGCUAUGUUCACAGGUAAGGCAAACUGCCCUUACUAUGCCAAAGCUGAACUCCUGGCUGACUAUCUCCAGACUAACUUGCCCAACUUCAGGGUUCACAAGAUUACUCAGCACCCUGACAAGUGGGAGCAGUGGCUUCAUGACAUUUGUGAAACAAAUGGAUGGGAACACAGACAGUGUCCUAUCAUUUGGAGAGAACUGUUGGACCGUGGAGGGAAGGGUCAGCUUCUGGGAGGACUUAAUGAUUUUCUGGAACAUGCUCAGAAAUAUUAUGGCAUCACCUCAGUGAUGCUGAGUGAGGAAAUGUUAGACGUUGCUGAGGAGAACCUGCAGGCACAUCUUGAAAUUGUAAAAGAGGAUGAAGAGAUUAAAAGUCUUAUCAAGCCUAUGCAGAUCUGGAUUACCAGUGCAUCAGUUCCAAUCUGUUAUCAUCUGAUCCCGCUGUUGGCAAAUGGAGAAGUGUUUGGGAUGACCACAGAAAUCAGUAUUCAUUUGCUUGACACUGAGCAGUUUAAGGAAAUUCUUUGCAGUAUUGUAAUGGAAGCUGAAGACAUGGCAUUCCCACUUCUCCGCAGUAUAUCAGAGCACACAAAAAUAGAUCAGGCUUUUAUUGACGCUGAUAUUAUCAUUGUUCUUGAUGAUGUCCUCUUAAACCUUGAAGUCCAAUCUCUUGAGAACUACAUCAGAGAAGUGAGUGAGAUCUGCCAAGUGUAUGCUCCCUUGAUUGAGAAGAAUGCCAAGAGUGAGGUCAAAGUCAUUUCAUCUGGGAAAACCUUUGCAAAUCUUAAGGCAACAAUGUUAAGGACAUAUGGCCCAUCCAUUAGGCCUGAAAACAUCAUUGCCAUUUCGACAUCCUGGGAAAGUGCAGCUAAAGCCAUGCUGGCCAGGAAGCUGAAUAUGAACACAGCAGGAGUUAAAGAUGUGAUUGUUUGGGGCAAUAUUACUGGGUCUAAUUACAUUGAUUUGUCACAUGCAAAACUUUAUGGAUAUGACUGUGCUAUUCGGGGCCCUCCUAAUUUUCAACGUCUUUUGAUGAAUAUGAUUUAUGAUAGUGAAUGGAUCCAUUCAGAGCUCCUGUCUGCACAGAGUACUCUGAGUUCCCGGGUGUCCCGUUGUACAGGAAUGUUACCUGCUCAUGCGGUAGCCACGGUACUGCAGUACUGGUACCAUGGCUCUCCUUCUGAGGAGAUCAUUUCUGUGGGAAUACUUAGUGAAGGUCAGUUUUGCAUCCCUGAAGGAAUUGUCUUCUCUAUGCCAGUGAGGUUCCAGAAUGGUAACUGGGAAGUCAUGACAGAAUUAGAAAUUAAUGAAACAACCCAAAAAAUUCUAGGACGCAUAUCCCACGAGCUGGUUCAGGAAAAGCUCAUUGCACUAAAGGAAAUAAACGAAAUGCAUCCAUAUGAAGCAGAAUAAAAACUCCACAUCUCCCAAGUGUUUCUCUGCUGCUUUUCCUAUUAUUUUGCUUUUCAAGUUCUGUCCUCAUUCAUCAAAAUAAGAACAGAUGAAUACUAAA